AUGGAUCCUAUCUGGUUGAUUGGAUGUGGCUACCUCAUCAGAGUCACCAGUCGAUUCAAGUGGCUGCUGAUGGGUGCACUGCUCCUCUACCUUCUUGCCAACGGAUUAAUGAUCUACUUCCGACAGCCCGGGCAUAGUCUCGGAUACAUGUGCAUGUGCCAGAUCUUUCUUGCAGUCGGCGGUGGAACCUUCAUCCUUAUCGAGCAGGCUGCGGUUCUGGCUGCCUCCAAGCACGAAGAAUACGCUGCCAUGCUGGCAUUGCUUAGCACAUUCGGUAACCUGGGUGGUGCUGUUGGCAGCAGUGUUUCGGCUGAUGUUCAAGACCAAUGGUCGGAGAUUUAUGAAUCAUUGGAUGUUCAGCUGAGCUAUCCUGUUGGUUCGGCUACUCGCAUUGCCAUUCAGAACGCAUAUGCCGUAAGCCAACGCAACAUGAUGAUUGCCGGGACCUCUAUCAUGGCACUUUCCGUUGCGUGGGUUUUGAUGAUGAAAAAUAUCAAAAUCGAAAAGAAUACGGACGUAUCACAGCUUCUGUUUUAA